AGAUUUAGGCAACUAGUAACGAGUAAAAUAGCGAAUAAAAUUUGCUGAAUAAGGACGUACAGAGAUCAACAUAGACGGAGACGGAAAUGGCUGCUUAAGUGGCACACAUCCGGCGAAGCCCAUUCCCAACCGGAAGACGAGCACUCACCGAGUGGGUUAGCUGUGUGUGUCAAACUACUGUGACCUUGACCCAUAACCUAACCCAUUAGCUUGGCCUGACCAAACAAAGAUGGCCAACCUCAGCUGGAUGGCUACGACCACGCAGCUGCCACUGCUGACGACCACCAACUGGAGCCUGACUACGGCCGCGACGAGCAGCAGUCUGGCGAAAGCGGCAUCCGCAGGAGCGGCAGCAGUGGCGGCGGCAUCGGCAGCAGCAUCAGCCGCAGCAGAGGCAGCAGCAGAGGCUGCCGCAGAAGCAGCCCAAAUUGAGGUGGACAAGUCAGGGGGCGUCAUCCACAACCAGUUCGUGCAGAUUUUCUUCUACAUGCUGUACGCCACCGUGUUCGUUCUGGGAGUGUUUGGAAAUGUCCUCGUGUGCUACGUAGUCCUAAGGAAUCGGGCAAUGCAAACGGUCACGAACAUAUUCAUCACGAACCUGGCCCUUUCCGAUAUCCUACUGUGCGUCCUGGGCGUGCCCUUUACGCCGCUGUACACUUUCAUGGGCCGCUGGGCCUUCGGGCGCACGCUCUGCCACCUGGUGUCCUUCGCGCAGGGCUGCAGCAUCUAUAUAUCCACGCUGACUCUGACAUCCAUAGCCAUCGAUCGGUACUUUGUAAUCAUCUAUCCAUUCCAUCCGCGCAUGAAGCUAUCUACCUGCAUUGGAAUCAUUGUGAGCAUAUGGGUGAUUGCUCUUCUGGCUACUGUGCCCUAUGGCAUGUACGUGAAGAUGACCAACGAGGUGAUCAACGGCACCACCCAAAUGAGUAGGAACGACAGCAGUGUCGAUGCGGCCAUGAUCUUCAACGGGAGCUACGAUUUGACAGCCUUCAUUGAAUCGCCCGACGCCACCUCCGCUGCCCAGGCCUACAUGCAGGUGAUGACCUCGGGGGUGAGCACGGAUCUUUCCUACACCCGUAUGGUCUGCGAGGAGAACUGGCCGUCGGAGGAGUAUCGCAAGGUGUUUGGAGCCAUCACCACCACGCUACAGUUCGUGCUGCCGUUCUUCAUAAUCUCCAUCUGCUACGUGUGGAUCUCGGUAAAGUUAAACCAGCGGGCCAGGGCCAAGCCGGGCUCCAAGUCCUCGCGAAGGGAGGAGGCGGAUCGGGAUCGCAAGAAGCGCACCAACCGCAUGCUCAUCUGUAUGGUGGCUGUGUUCGGUCUCAGCUGGCUUCCCAUCAAUCUGGUCAACAUAUUCGACGACUUUGACGUCAAGUCCAACGAAUGGAGGUUCUACAUACUGUUCUUCUUCGUGGCCCACUCCAUUGCCAUGAGCUCGACCUGCUACAAUCCCUUUCUCUAUGCCUGGCUCAACGAGAACUUCCGCAAGGAGUUUAAGCACGUUCUUCCCUGCUUCAAUCCCUCUAACAACAAUAUCAUCAACAUAACCCGCGGCUACAAUCGUAGCGACCGCAACACCUGCGGCCCCCGUCUUCAUCAUGGCAACGGCGAGGGCGGGAUCGGGAUCGGGGGCAGUCGCGACGCGGAGGAUCAGGACGACAACGGCAUCACCCAGGAGACCUGCCUGCCCAAGGAGAAGCUCUUGAUUAUACCCAGAGAGCCCACAUAUGGCAACGGCACGGGAGCAGUGUCGCCCAUUCUUAGUGCACGCAACAUCAACGCCGCCCUCAUCCAUAGCGGGGAGCACCACCAGCAGCAUCUCCAGCAGCCGCAGCAGGUGGAGCUGAUGAGGCGCGUCCGCCAGCGCACCGACGACGAUGGGGACUACCUUGACUCUGGUGACGAGCAGACGGUGGAAGUGCGCUUCAGCGAGACACCAUUCGUAAGCUCCGAAAAUACAACGGGCAUCAGUACGCUCGAGACAAGCACGAGCCACUGUCGGGAGUCGGAUGUGAUGGUUGAGUUGGAAGAAGGAGGUGGUGGAGGAGCUAUUGGUUCACAAAAUAACUGAGAUAGGAUUUUCGAAACGCAUUUCUAGGCAUAUUCACAGAAGGAUUUCAUUGAAUAGCGGUUGCUAUAUGCAGGAGAAUGUCAGCUAACUGGUGGAGAGUCCCAUUGUUCGUUAAACUUACAAAAUAGGAAAACAAGAGAAAAAUUGUGGAAAGAAAUGCUGAUAAAUGCCAAAUCAAGUGACAACGAUGCCAGAAGGCGGCAGAGGCGGAUUCUCUAGCAAUUGGCUGUUAUAGCCGAGGAUAUAAAAUAUGUAUAUGUUAAUGGGAGUGUGUGUACUCGUGGUUACGGCUUUACAUAUAUUAGUGAGUGUAGAUGGGCGGGUGUGACUGGUCCUUGUGGCAAUGCUCCUUCUAUGUUCAGAUUUGUAUGUGUUUUUUUUUCCCCCUUUAAAUGGCGGGAACUGUCGUGCCAAUUCGCAUAUACUCGUAGCAAACUCGUAGAACGCCUUGAAGGAAGGGUGACUUUCAUCCGUCCACAAUUUCCCCGAAUGUUUUCCUUUGUCGAAUUCAAUUUGUACCUUACAGUUGUCGAACAUUUGUCGCUGUCUUGGAAUUCGAAAGAGGCACGGAAUUAAAUUUCUUGUGCCAAUGUGCCGGUUUUUGGCUCAAUUGUGUGGAAAUACGUCAACUCAAACCCCCACUUCUUCUAACCCGCUUUUCAUGAAAUCGCACCCACAACAAUGGUAGCUGUAAAGCCAGUAACGAAAAUAACAUGCUCGACUUCUAAAGAGCGAAACAUUUCCACGACUGAGGGAGCACAGCAAUAGAGUCAGAAAGCGGCAGAAAGCGAACAUGUGUAAGCUGACUUUAAUGACAUUUGGUCGGGCCAACAGCUCCAAAUCGGGGAGUAAACUCGUAUUGAUGAUGGCUGGUAGGUAUUUAGGCAUUGAAUUAAAAUUGUACUAAAAUCGUUCCUCAUAUGAAGUCGAGUUUAUUAAUUCCACUUCCGGCCUUGGACUUAGGCCAGUUUUUUAUAUUCCUAAAGGAAUCUAAAGUAAUCCUGGCUGCUUUUGUUCUCCCUAGGCCUGUCAUUUAUAGCAAAACCACGAAACAGCUGUGGUCAAUAGUUGGAUACGUGAAUGUGUGUGUGUGUUGAAAUAAUUAACUUGGACUGCAGGCAGUCUACCGCAUUAAAGUUAAACUGUUAUACGACAUAAUAAUAUUUCAUAGGUAAUAAAAUGUUCAUGUGUAAGAAAUAGUAGCUCGAAGUGCUUGUAAAGUGUUUCUGAGUCCAGGAUAAGCAUUAAAUAAAUUAUUUGUAUAUUCACAAUAUAUAAUGUGCGAGUAUAGAGAAAGCUGGAGCCAGCCAGGGGCAGACCCAAAAAUAAGGAAAAACCAAAAGUACGCGAAAUUGUGCUGACUAUGAGCCCCGAUUUUGGAAGUACAUUUCUGGCGAUGUCGGGCAGCGUAACCAAAACGCCCGCACACCCUCCCCGUUCUUGUCGGCAUCGUAAAACAAGAUUUCAAAAUAUGUCACCGCCUUUGCUGUACUUUUGGUUUUUUUCUAUGUAUACCUAAUAUUAGCUAGCUUAAUUAAAACAAAGUCGAUAGAAACUAGUUGGCUAAGGCGAAUUAUUAGAAUACUCAUAGAAUUGUAAGUAAAUCGGAAAAUGCACUUAAAUGUGGGAGAGUCUCAUUCAGUCAAGUGUGCAAUAUGAAUAUUAUUAUAAACAAGUAUGUAUGUAUAUAAUUUAAGCUAAGAUUAAAAUUUGGCUGUUGUACUCGUUACUCCGUAUUAUAACGAAUCAUAGAAAUUAUAUGAACAAACUAAUGCAAAAGACAGAGCGAGAGAGAAUUAUUCAAAAUAACAUGAAGGAUGCACCUACCAUACAGUUAAAACAAAGAAAUUAGUAUUACUAAGACAAAUGUUCUUAAAAUAUCAUUUUCAGAUGUAAGCAUAGUUAAAUAAAUAUAAUACAUGAACAUAUUUGGCGAACUUCUGUAUGUAUCUGCAAAUUCCCGAGUAUUUAAAAACUUGUUAAGGGUGGUACUAGCGGUCUUUCUAUGUUUGCUACAAUAUGCCCAGACAAAUAAAAUAUUAUUCAAAAAAAUAAUUUAAUGUUUAAAAUUGUUGGACAAAAUCCAUAAUUUUAAAGAAAAGCCAAAGAACAAAUGUGUGUUUAAAUAUGAAUAGAAAACAGGGAGUACAAUUAAUAUCACGAAUGAAACAGAUGCCAUCGCAGCUGAGUAUUAAAUUGAAUAUUUAAAAACCAUACUUACAUAUGUAGU